GUGACUUUUAGUUGCCCCGCCUUCGACAUCGGAGCUGCUCCUCAACCAUUUUUCUGUUGCCCCUCCACCAUACAGCUUCUACAAAGCAUCAGCAACUUCUAAAACAACACAUUUCACAAUUAUCUACUCACGCCCACUAUUUGCCAUGGCUCGCAAGUUCUUCGUCGGUGGCAACUUCAAGAUGAACGGUACCGUUGCGUCCGUCAAGGAAAUCGUUGCCAACCUCAACGCUGCCAACCUCGACCCCGAAGUUGAGGUUGUCGUUGCCCCCACCGCCCUUCACCUCAUCUCUGCCCGCGAGGGUCUUCGCAAGGAGGUCGAGGUUGCCUCCCAAAACGUCUACGACAAGCCCAACGGUGCCUUCACCGGCGAACUCUCCGUCUCCCAGCUGGCCGACGCCAACAUCCAUUGGACCAUCCUUGGCCACUCCGAGCGCCGCACCAUCCUCCGCGAGUCUGACGAGGUUGUUGCCUCCAAGACCAAGUACGCUACCGAGAAUGGCCUUAACGUCAUCUGGUGCUGCGGUGAGAGCCUCGAGGAGCGCGAGGCUGGCAAGACCAUUGAGGUUGUCAGCAAGCAGCUUGAGGCCCUCAAGGCUCAGAUCAACGACUGGUCCAAGAUUGUCAUUGCCUACGAGCCCAUCUGGGCCAUUGGCACCGGCAAGGUUGCCACCACUGAGCAGGCUCAGCAGGUUCACCAAGCUAUCCGUGAAUGGCUCAAGUCUGUCAGCGACAAGGUUGCUGACGAGACCAGAAUCCUGUACGGCGGCAGUGUCAACGAGAAGAACUGCGGCGAGCUCAGCAAGCAGCCCGACAUUGACGGUUUCCUCGUCGGUGGCGCUUCUCUCAAGCCCGCUUUCGUCGAUAUUAUCAACUGCCGCCUGUAAUCGUCAACAAUGCACAGCCCGUAGCAUCGACACCAGUAAGCGAACGCUAUUAUCAUGCCUAAUGAAACUGAAAGGCUACAAAAUUGUGUGAUAAAAAGGUUUUAUAUUGUAGAAUGAGAAAUGAAACUACAAGCUUGAAAAGCAACACCCAAUAUGCCCAAUGAUGUUAAGUCUGAAUCAUACAUGUAAAUAUACAAGGCGUAGCGAUUCCGCCACGCCUGCCCAGCAACUCUGCUAAGCCAUUUGCCGUGUUGGCAAAUUUUUCCAGUUUUGUUUUAUGCUUUUGCAAAGAGACGGUGCGUUAUACCUCCAUGCCCUUGCCGUGGUACGGGGACCAGAUGCCUCUGACACUGGGUUUGGUGCUCGUAACCGCCUUGUUCGUCUUUCGUAGUUUAUCGCCGCUGGCGUCGCGCAACAGUUCAACUUUUUGCAGGAUUUCGUAUGGUGUCAGGUUUCGCACGCAGAUGGGCUUUGUGCGUCCGUUAAUAUAAUGUCCAAUAAUAACGGGAUGUUUGCCGGGGCGAGGAGAUACAGCGAAUUCGAC